AUGGCUAAGCGGAAACUUUCCACAGUAGCAGCUGCGCCAGGCACAACGGCUGAAGCAUCCAUUGUUGACCGGUCAAAGAUGCGCCGCACGGCAGUCCCUGUGCCUUCCAAGGAUGGAGGCAACAAGCCUCACCCGGCGCGUCGCCAGCCGUCUCGUGGGGGACCCGCUGUGACUACAGAUCCCAACGUCAAUCCUGAAGUUCUCGAUGGCGUCAACGCGCUGCGAGCGUCACCCGACGGGCAUGAGGAAAGUGCCGUGAGCAACCACGCGCCGGCAGUCAAUGUACCCACUAAACAAACGGGAAAAGAUAAGGCAAAGAAGGGCAAGCUACCGCAAGUGAAGAAGGAGCAAGAUGACAGCCAUAGCAUUGCACUUGUUAACGGUCUCACGGAGAAUGUCACUGGUCCUGCAGAUGAUACCGGGGUGCCUGGCGAUCCUGAAGCAGCCGACGAGCUAGAGAACGACGACGAGGCAGAGGUCAAGGCAGCGUCGUUGAGACCUCCCCCUGUAAACUCCGGCUAUCUACCCCUGCCAUGGAAAGGACGCUUAGGCUAUGCCUGUCUUAACACCUACCUUCGUAACGCAAACCCGCCUGUCUUCAGCUCGAGGACGUGCCGUAUUGCGAGCAUCUUAGAGCAUCGACACCCCUUGAAGGACCCUUCGCAACCGGAGCAUGCCACCAAGAAUCGACCCGAUAAGGACCAGCCGGCUGAUGUUGGCAGGGGCAUGAGAUAUGUUGAAGAGCUAGGCCUAGCUAACGCGCGGGACAUCAGCAAGAUGGUAAGGUGGAAUGACAAGUACGGGAUAAAAUUCAUGCGGCUAAGCAGUGAGAUGUUUCCGUUCGCAAGCCACGAAGAAUAUGGCUACACUCUCGAGCCUUUCGCCGCAGACACCCUUCGCGAAGUCGGCGAAGUUAUCGCUGAGCUUGGUCACAGAGUGACUACUCAUCCAGGUCAAUUCACCCAAUUGGGCUCACCGCGGAAAUCUGUCAUCGACAACGCGGUUCGCGACCUGGUGUAUCAUGCCGAGCUGCUUUCUUUGUUGAAGCUUCCCCAACAACAAGACCGAGAUGCUGUGAUGAUCAUGCAUCUUGGCGGUGCCUUCGGGGAUAAGCCAGCCGCCAUUGAGCGAUUCAAGGAGAACUACGCAAAGCUUCCAGAUGGUGUGAAAAAACGCCUCGUGCUUGAGAACGACGAUGUCGUCUGGUGUACUCAUGAGAUAUUACCUCUUUGCCAGGAGCUCAAUAUUCCCUUCGUUCUGGACUUUCAUCACCACAACAUCCUCUUCGACUCGACGCAGAUUCGUGAAGGCACUAAAGACAUCGUCGAUCUCUUCCCAAAGAUCCUCGAGACCUGGACCAAAAAGGGCAUUACACCUAAGAUGCAUUAUAGCGAACCUUGUCCUGGCACCAUCACUGGCAGAGACCGUAGAAAGCAUUCACCCCGCGUUAUGACACUCCCCCCUUGCCCCGACACCAUGGAUCUGAUGAUCGAGGCCAAAGAUAAGGAACAAGCUGUCUUUGAGCUUAUGCGAACACUGAAGCUCCCAGGGUUUCAUCUCAUCAAUGAGAUUGUGCCACAUCAACGGCAAGAUGAAAAUAAGCCUUUCAAGCCUAAGCCCAAAAAGGCUGUUAAGAAAGGCAGGAAACAGAAGACCGACGAUCUUGACGACCUGGAAGCGAAAAUAGAGCAAGUAGAGGAAGAGGAGGUACCUCCUCCAUUGGUCCCAGAAGACGAAUUGGGUAUGGGUGGGCCUGAGAGACGUGUAUACUGGCCGCCCACUAUGGAAGACUGGCUUCGGCCUGCGAAGCGCGUGAUCAAGAAGAAAGAGGAGGGCGCCGCCACCCCCGCCAAGAAGAAGCAGAAGACGGUGGUAACCCCUGGAGAUAAUGCAUCCAUCGUCGGUGAACCGGCCAGUAUCGACGACACUAAAAUUCCAGCCAAGAAGGCGGCCCCCAAACGGCCUGCUAGCACGAAGAAGAAGGCGCCAAAAUCCGUCCCUACGCCCUCACCUUCAGAUGAUGAGGACUCGUUGAGUUCCCCACCGCUUAGCGAGGGAGAUGAGGACGAGGCUCCGGUCGUGCAGAAGCGUGCGGUGCAAGCAUCGGCUACACGAAAGAAGUCUGGCAGGGCUACGGCAUCGGUUAGCUACAAGGAGGAAGACGUGGAUGAGAUGGUCAUGUAG